CCACUGGAGUUCUUCUCCUGGUCUUUUAUCCUCCGAAGGAACUGGGAACAAGUGAAGCGAAUCCAAGCAACAUUCUGUGUGAUUCCUGUAAUCUCCUAACAGAUCACAGCUCUGGGCUGGAGCUCCACCACUGUGACAAGCAUGGAUCACAUUGGGUCUCACCACCAUAUUCACCAGACCCAUGCAGAACCCAUCAGCUUUGGAAUUGACCAGAUCUUGAACAAUCCAGACCAGGGGAGUUGUAUGAUCUCCAGUUCCAGACUCCAAGAUUCGGAUUAUGGAUUAGGAUGCAUUGUGAGCAGCGCUUACAACACAAUGACCGGCAAUUACAGUACCAGCAGCACUGGGGGAUACAGCAACAAUGCCUGCAGCAUGGCCUCAUUGACUGGUUCUUACAAUAUGAGUAAUAUGAGUAUGAACAUGAAUGGGAAUAACCUCAACUCCUCUGGUGUGAUUAGGGUACCAGCUCACAGACCUUUGGCUACCAGUGUUCACCAGCCAAUCUCCACUGGAAUGCCCACAGUGCCCAGUGUAGGGAGUAUGAACAACAUAAACAACUUGACAGGUUUAACCUUCCCCUGGAUGGAAAGUAACAGGAGAUACACCAAGGAUAGAUUCACAGUGGCACUCUCACCCUUCACUAUAACACGCCGUAUAGGUCACCCCUACCAGAACAGGACACCUCCAAAGAAGAAGAAACCCAGGACCUCCUUCACCAGGCUCCAGAUCUGCGAGUUGGAGAAAAGGUUCCACCGGCAGAAGUACCUGGCAUCAGCUGAGAGGGCAGCCCUGGCCAAAGCACUUAAAAUGACAGAUGCCCAGGUGAAGACCUGGUUUCAGAACAGAAGGACGAAAUGGAGGAGGCAGACAGCAGAAGAGAGGGAGGCAGAAAGACAACAAGCCAACAGGAUUCUAAUGCAGCUUCAGCAAGAAGCCUUCCAGAAAUCAAUAAACCAACCCAUGCAGCCAGACCCCAUCUGUAUUCACAAUUCGUCCCUCUUCGCCCUACAGAACCUGCAGCCUUGGUCAGACGAUAGCUCUAAGAUUACCAGUGUUACUUCUGUGGCCUCUGCUUGUGAAUAAACUAAACACACAAAAUGCAAUCUCAAGGAGAAAUGCAGAACAAAAACUGAUUAAUGUGCAAUUUUCAAAUUUAUUUGCAGAAAUACAAAGAAAUAAAAGCGCAAGACCAGGAUUGUUGGAAAAGAACUAAGCUUGAAAGUUUCUACAUGGCCCUAUAAAAGUUUUUCUCCCCCUUAAGAAGAGAGACUGCUGUGUUCUAUGUGCCCCUGAUUCUAUAGCAAAA